AUGCCUUUCAUGCGAAAAGGACUUUUCUGGAGCCUGAGAGAUGGGACUGAUACUGGGUUUUGGUCGCAUCCCUGGCUGGACAAUGAAACGACUUUGGAAGAGCUCGCCUUGUGCGAUCUGUCAGAUGAGGAAAGAACGACGAGUGUGGCAGACUGGCUGGAUGGGAAUGGAAUGGAAGCUCCUAAAGCAGGACUGGGGGAGGACAGAACGAUUUGGGGAGCUGAGAAGGACGGGAGGUUCAGACUUCGCUCAGCCUACAACCUUGUGGUGGACGAGAAGGAAGAGGAACCAAUGGACGUGUGGAAGCAGCUUUGGAGAUGGAAUGGCCCCAACAGGGUCAAACUCUUCCUCUGGUUGGUGACGCACGACCGCCUCCUCACCAACGCGGAGAGAAAGAAAAGACAACUUACUUCAAAUGAUGAAUGCAACUUCUGCAAAGAUGAAGUGGAAACAACUGAACACAUCAUUCGUAGAUGCAAAAAGGCGGGAGGAAUCUGGAACCACUUCAGUUCCAAAGUUACAGAGAAGAACACCAACAUCGAUUUCCAGACUUGGCUUAAUCGAAACCUCAAAGCGGAUGAAGUCGGAGUUGACUUUGGCAUUGUCUGUUGGCUUCUCUGGAAGCAGAGGAAUGAUGAAGUUAUGGAAGGGAAGAAAUUCUCUGAGGAAGGAAUGAUCUGCAGGAUUCAAGCAUGGUUCAGCAUUCAUCAGCAAGCACUCAGAACGAACAAGACUUGCUUCGGACCUGUAACCAGCCAAAGAACAAUUGAAGAUAUUGGGUGGAAGCCUCCAGAGGAAGGAUGGAUACAAUUACAGACUGAUGGGUCAGUCAUCACCAGCUUGAAUUCUGCUGCUGCAGGAGGUUUAUUAAGAGACAGACUUGGGAGAUGUUUGGAUGCUUUUUCUUGCAACCUUGGGGACUCCUCCAUAACUAGCGCUGAGCUUAAGGGGGCAGUGGAAGGACUUGAGAGAGCCUGGAGAAAAGGAUACAGGAAGAUUGAGCUUAAUAUGGAUUCCAUGACGGCGAUUAGCAUCAUGAACAGUUGGAAGGAUGAUAACCAUCGUCAUGGACUCCUUGCCGCGAAGGUUGGGAAUCUGAUUAGUCGAGAGUGGGAGGUUAAGAUUAGCCAUGUUUUUAGAGAGCAAAACAAGGCUGCUGACUUCUUAGCCUCUAGAGGACAUUCUCUUCAUUUUGGCAUACAUCAUAUCAGUGUAUGCGAGCCAGUUCUUACUCAUUGGCUUUUGUAUGACUCUUUGGGGAUUACCAUGCCCCGUUCGAUUUCUAAUAUGAAUUAG